AUGCCACCAAAACGCCAAAAGACCUCUGAUUCGGCGUCGACACCCGAUCCCAAGAGGCGUGUUACGCGCUCAUCUGCCAGAACAAACACAGGAAAUUCGGAAAACUUCCCAGACUCGACAAGUGAACCACCUGAGGCGAAACCAAAGGCGUCGAAAGGACGACAGGCGGCUAAUUCUAAGAAGCGCUCACCAAAGGACGCGAAACCAGAGGCAGACGCGCAACCCGAUGAAGAGAGUGACUCAGCACCUCAGAAUCGUACAAACCUCACGAUCACGCACGAUCUCGUCAAGAAACCAAUCGAAUGUCACCAGUACACACCCACAACAUCGCCAUCCAGCCCAUCGCCAACCCUAAUAUUCACCCACGGCGCAGGCGGCACACUGUCAGCCGACGCCGUAGUAAACUUCUGCACCGGAUACUCCUCCUCUCAAACCGUCCUCGCUUUCCAAGGCUCGAUGAAUCUCAAAGCGCGGACCAAGGGCUUCCACGCAUGUAUUGAUGAGCUGAACUCCAGUCAAUCGACUGCACUAAAGAGAACAAAAGAGGACACGGCUGGAUCGAAGACAUUAUUACUAGGUGGACGAAGCAUGGGUGCGCGCGCCGCUGUCAUUGCUGCUAGCGAACAUCUCGCCUCGCUAGAUGAUAAGGAAAGAGAAGACCUGAGCAUACAGCUCAUACUUGUUUCCUACCCACUCCUCGGGCCCAAAGACGAGAUGCGCGACCAAAUCCUGCUCGACCUACCAAAGAGCGUCCGCAUACUUUUCAUCAGCGGCGACGAAGACGCCAUGUGCCCAAUCGAUACGCUGAACGAAACGAGGGAUAAGCUGACGGCGCAAUCGCAGCUUGUAGUUGUGACAGAUGCGAAUCAUGGGAUGAAUGUCGUUCCCGCUAGUAGGACGCAGAGAGUAGGAGAAGAAACAGGACGAUUGGCUGCGCGAUGGGUGCAAGGGGAGCCUAUGGAUGAUGAGGUGUUCAUCGAUGAGCUGGAGGGCGAAGAACCUUGGAAGUAG